CCCUGCCCGAGUCGGGGCUCAACACACUAGUCUCUCUGUGCGUGUAUGGUUGUGUAUCCAGAGAAAAUCACCGGGAGACGGGACUGAGACAGUUUUUUUUUCCACCCUACCAAUGUGUGUGGCCCACAAAUCUGUCGCCUUUGCCACAGCGAACGCAUCCCAUGGACACGACAGAAUAUCGAAAAUGAGGGAAUAAUCUUUUGAGGAGACACGCAGCGAGACUCGUCUGUGCCCGGCUAGCAACCGUUUUGUUGAACUGAGAGGGGAGUCGCUGCUGCUGGCUGGGAAAAUGUCGGGGAAAAUAGAGAGCAAGCAAGACUCACAGAGGUCGCAUCUCUCCUCCUUCACCAUGAAGCUGAUGGACAAGUUCCACUCUCCCAAGAUCAAGAGGACACCAUCUAAGAAGGGCAAGCAGCUGCAGCCUGAACCAGCUGUCAAGAGUGCAGAGAAACCGAUAAACAAGAAGGUGAGCCGACUAGAGGAGCAAGAGAAGGAGGUGGUCAGCGCCCUACGCUACUUCAAGACAAUCGUGGACAAGAUGGUGGUAGAGAAGAAGGUGCUAGAAAUGCUGCCCGGCUCAGCCAGCAAGGUACUGGAGGCCAUCUUGCCUCUGGUGCAGGUUGAGGCCAGGAUUCAGCACAGUUCAGCGCUGUCUUCCUGCCACAACCGUGUCUACCAGAGUCUUGCCAACCUUAUCCGCUGGUCUGACCAGGUGAUGCUAGAUGGCAUUGACCUGGAGGACAAGGAGAAUGUGAUAGCUGUCACCACCGUCAUCAAAGCCGUGCUGGAUGGAGUUAAGGAACUGGUGAAACUGACCAUAGAGAAACAGGAGCAACCCUCACCCACCACUCCUAACAAACCAGCACCACCUGCUACUGCGGCAGAGAGCAGUGCAUCGCCAGAGAUGCCCUUGACAGAUCGAGAGCAAGAGGUGUUGAAUAAGACGGUUCCUACAGCCAUGCCUGCAGAGGCUGCAUCUGACACGCCAGAAGAGGACGUAGCCCCUCCCAAACCUCCCCUACCUGAAGCCAAGAUGGCUGAGCUCAGUCCUCCACCUGCCUUACCCCCUAAGAAGCGUCAGUCAGCCCCCUCACCUACCCGGGUGGCCGUGGUCGCCCCAAUGAGUCGUGGCUCUAGCUUGCCCUGCAGUGUUCACAGACAGCAGCAAGAUUAUGAGCAGGAGUUCCUCCAGCGGCGUUUUUCAGGGGGCAGUCAGUCAUACGGGGGUGACUCCCCGCGCCUCUCUCCAUGCAGCAGCAUGGGGAAACUCAGCAAGUCUGAUGAACAGCUCUCAUCCCUGGAUCAGGACAGUGGCCAGUGCUCCCGCAAUACCAGCUGUGAGACACUUGACAACACAGAGAAUUAUGACCCAGACUAUGACUUCCUCCACCAGGACUUGUCUGUUGGGGACAGCCUGCCCUCAGCUCAAGUAGGAGGGUGCCUGAGCCCCCUGCCUGAGUCUCACAGCGAGUCCUCUUCCCCAGUCCCAGGCCAGCACCCGUCACAUCCUCGCUUCAGUGCCCCUCUACCCCAGCAUCCUCCAGAGUACUGGAGCCCCCAGCCAAACCAAAUCAAUCCCCUACACCUAUCCCGUAUCAGCGCACCCCCUGCCCUGCCCCAGAAGAAGCGGCGAAGCACCCAGGUCUCACCCUUCCCUGACACAAGUAGUGGUUCAAGGGUGCUAUAUGAGCGUUACCCUUCCCAGUAUGACAAUUUGUCAGAGGAAGAGCUGCAUCCCACACCACCCUUUCCCCUUUUCACGCCGAUCUCGCCCAUGCCCCAGUCCAAUGGGGGUGUGUUUGUGGCUCAGUAUAUGGCCAGCGAGAAUGCAGAUGUCCCAGCCAGCCCCCCUCCUCUGCCAGAGAAAAAGAGCAAACACAUGCAGCAGUACAUGCAGUUUGUAGAAGACUACUCAGAGCCCCAGCCCUCCGUGUUCUACCAAACGCCACAGAGUGAGAGCAUCUACGAACAGCGUAACAAGCGCUUCCAGGAGGUCUAUGGGUUCAAUGACUCCUUCAGCAGCACUGACUCUGUCCAUGAGCCACUGCUUCCCCCAGCCUUGCCCCCCAAGCAGAGGCAGCUGGCUUCCCACUCUUCUUCCCCUUCUUCCUCCUCCUCCUCCUCUCUCUCCUACCACCUCCAGCCGUCUGUUGCGGCCAUGGAGGAGGUGGGCUCUGGGCUGGGCCUCAGCAUGUCCGUCUCUAACUCCUACCUGAUUGGCCAGGCCUCCUUGAUCACACCCACGAGCUUGGACCAGGUUGCCUUGACCAAUGCCACUAUUCUGGAUGGCAGCGGGAGCGGGCCCAACUGUUCCCUGGCCGGCUCACUGGGCUCUGUGGCUGUCUGUCUCCCCUCUGAGCCCUCUUUUACUGACUCUCUCCACACCUCAGCGAGCGAGAGUGCAAAUGACGAGGGCGGGGAGGGGGAGUAUGUCAACCUGUACUCGUCCAGCCAAGCCAAUGGAGAGCUGCCGCUCUCCCUCAGAGAGACCAUUACGGCUGAUGACUUACUUCAGGACUCCACCCCUCAGACGCCCUCUUCCAAUAACAAGGAGGCUUUGGAGAAGGAGAGGAGGCAGAAUUCUACAGAGUCGGCCGGGAGUGAUGAAGAGGAGGUGGACGAACUCUCCCUUAUUGACCAUAAGGAGAUUAUGAGCAGGAUAACACUAAAACAGGAAAAUGACGAUGGUCCUGACGUUCGGGCUGGAUCAGGGGAUAUUCUGCUAGUCCAUGCCACAGAAACAGACCGCAAAGAUCUUGUUUUGUACUGUGAAGCCUUUCUGACUACAUAUAGGACAUUCAUAACCCCCGAGGACCUCAUUAAGAAGCUACACUACAGAUAUACUAAGUUCUGCCACAGUCCAGAUACAUUCAAGAAGCGUGUUAGCAAAAACACCUUCUUCGUGCUGGUCCGUGUGGUCGAUGAGUUGUGCCUGGUGGAGUUGACGGAAGACAUCCUGAAACAGCUGAUGGACCUGGUCUUCAGGCUGGUUUGUAACGGUGAGCUCAGCCUGGCCCGUGUGCUCCGCAAGAACAUCCUGGACAAAGUUGAGCAGAAAAAGCUACUGCGCUACACUAACUCGCUCAAGCCACUCGCUGCCCGUGGGGUCUCUGCCAGGCCUGGAAAUCUCCAUGAUUUCCGCAGUCAUGAGAUUGCUGAUCAGCUUACUCUCCUUGAUGCAGAACUCUUCUACAAAAUUGAGAUUCCAGAGGUGCUGCUUUGGGCCAAGGAGCAGAAUGAGGAGAAGAGUCCAAAUUUGACCCAGUUCACAGAGCACUUUAACAACAUGAGCUAUUGGGUGCGCUCUCUGAUAAUUCAGCAGGAGAAAGCCCAGGACCGAGAGAAGCUGCUUCUCAAGUUCAUCAAGAUCAUGAAGCACUUACGAAAGUUGAAUAACUUCAACUCCUACUUGGCAAUACUGUCUGCCUUGGACUCUGCCCCCAUUCGCAGACUAGAGUGGCAGAAACAAACCUCAGAGGGAUUGGAGGAAUAUUGCACAUUGAUUGACAGCUCCUCAUCAUUUAGAGCGUAUAGAGCUGCUCUGGCUGAAGUAGAGCCGCCAUGCAUCCCAUACCUGGGUCUGAUUCUCCAGGACUUGACCUUUGUCCACCUGGGGAACCCUGAUCUCAUCGAUGGGAAGGUGAACUUCUCCAAACGUUGGCAGCAAUUCAACAUUCUGGACAGCAUGCGACGCUUCCAGCAAGUGCAUUAUGAGCUGAAGCGCAACGACGAUAUUGUCUCCUUCUUCAAUGACUUCAGUGAUCACCUGGCAGAGGAGGCCCUUUGGGAGUUGUCCCUGAAAAUUAAACCAAGGAACAUUACUAGGCGCAAGACGGACCGCGAGGAGAAGACCUAGGGCCUGUUGGCCUCCCUGGGGUUCAGAGACUGACCUCCAACUGUGCUUCAUGACACUAACUCCACUUUACUACAGACUGGGAGAAAGACGGACAGAAACUAUUGGCUGGAGCAAAUGGGAGACUCAUUGUGGCGAAUACAGAACAAACUACAGUAGACUCGAGAAAAGAGUAGCUGAGGUUUACAUGGAGCUCUGCUGCUCUGGGAGACUAUAAUUGGGAUUACAGUGGUUGUGGAUCUUGGCAGGGAAAUAUUGAAUGACUAUGGUAAUACAGGAGGAAGCCUGGUGCCAAGGGGGAGAGAAGAACCUAAUGCACAGAGCGGACAGGGAGAUGCUAAGGAAAUAACCAAAGUCUUCUCCCUGCCCUCUCUGUUAUAGCGUGGAGCUGUCAUGUGUGUGUGAGAUUGAGGUGAGUGGUCCAUUAUUCCCUGAGAUGUUCCUUUCUCUUCCUUUAUGUAUGUGCCAUUCAUGGGCCAUCUUCUACGGCCCUCCUCCUUGCCGCUAAAGCCCCCUCACCUAUCAGACACUCCCUCAGUAUUCCAGAGCAGUCUGGCAUGAACUGUGAGGGCACUACGCAGGCUGCACCAAGACUGCUGAGGACAUGAGGGGAUUAGACCUUAAGGAAAGGAUGACCAUUAGGGACUGGAACCUAAGUUUGUUUUGAAACAUUUUGUGUAAGAAUCACGUAUGGUUAUAUGUAUUAUAUACAGUGCUCCUUUUGUUCUUAAAAAGGAUGUUUAUGCUAAUGAGAAGCGCUUAGCUUCUCCCAAGUGCCAUACAUAUGUGCACUAAAAAAAAGCAAGCAAAAACACAAAAAGAGAAUUACUAAAGAUGCUGUGAUCUAUGUAUGUCAUACUGAAUCAUUGUGUGCCAUGUUCAAGUCUAGAGAACCAUCAGGCAAUCAAUCAUGUCAGUGUGGAAGAGUGUGUGUGACUGAAGUCCUCGGUGACUUGUGUGUUUGUCAUUCCUUAAUGUGCUGUAGUAAUUCAUUUUGAUUCCUCUUUGGGAUAUCUGUCCAAAACACUUCACACUGUGCUCUCAAACUCCAAUAAAACAGCUGUUUCUAUACAUA